CUGUCAAGUUGGAAUUUUUGUUUUCUCCGGUUAUCGUUAGCCGGCGUCACCAGAGCUGAUGAGGAUUGUCCACCUUUCUGACGUGUGGUAUAUUUUAUGCCGACAAGCCUGAUGAAAUAGGUUCAGUUUUAAAUCGUUGAUGAAGUUCAGCAGUGAUUUUUAGCCGGCGUCAACAGAGCUGAUGAGGAUUGUCCACCUUUCUGACGUGUGGUAUAUUUUAUGCCGACAAGCCUGAUGAAAUAGGUUUACUUUUAUGAACCGUCGAUGAAGUUCAGCAGUGAUUUUGCCAACUGAUGAGAUUACUACUAAAUUGUCACGCCCAAACUGGUGGCCACAGAUCCUGAAUUUGACUGGAAGUCUCACCACAUGACCUACAUCAUGUAAAUUCUACAUUUCACAAUGUAACCCCCACACAUCUUCACAGUUACUGAUUAUAUCCAGCAUUUAUAACAAUUUUGAUCAAGCUCAACUACAUGUACAACUGUUCGACUUCGACUUGGUGACAAGAUCAAUUGUUUUUUCAUCUUGAAUGCUGAGAAGCCAUGCAGAGUUGCAGCAACAUGUCUUUACUUGUUGACCAUACCACAUCGUCGGGUGAACCUGAGGUGUACUAUAGCCGCUACAUGAGACGUCGUCAGAUGAACCAGGAGAUAGCCUUGAACCAGCUCAAGGAGAUCACAGGCGUCCAGGAUGCGCAGGCUCUCCGCCACGCCUACGAGGCCAGCCGGGGGGACAUCAACCAGGCCAUCGUCUUCCUGACGGACGGCAGCGCUGCUGAGAAUGCCGCCCGCCAGCAGCCAGCUCUGCCUACCCCUGCAGCUGCGUCAGUCCCCAGGAAUCAACAGCUAGCAAUUGCUGACACGGGAACCAGCACGGACAAGGCACCGGUGUACGGCCCUAAGAAUAAAGGACAAGAUGUGAUUGACUUGACCCACGAUCGGGAUGAAAAAGAUGACCUCCAGAGAGCCAUUGCACUGUCGUUACGAGAAACGGCAGGACCGAGCACGACCAUUGGAGUAUCCACAGAAGAACAGGAUAUCAGCCGGGCGUUGGAGCAGAGCAUGGCAGAGAGUAAGUCUGGUUUACGGCCCGGCGAGGUCUGGUUCAGCGACCCUCUCAACCCACACGACCGAUGCAGAAACAAUGGCUGCCCGGUGGGGCUGAAGAACGUGGGCAACACUUGCUGGUUCAGUGCAGUCAUACAGUCCAUGUUUCAUCUGCCAGCGUUUCGUCAGAUGGUCCUCAACUUUGUGCCGCCAGCCAACAUGCAGGCUCACCAGGCGGCAGCAUCAGACACACCUGCUAACACGCCUGCCAACGCACCUGCCAGUAACACAGAGUUUCCCGCCGGCCAGUCUGAACAUCGCAACCUUCUCUUCAUGACCGAGUUGAGGGCGCUGUUCGCCCUGAUGCUGGGUACUAAACGCAAGUACGUUGACCCCAGCAAGGCGGUGGAGAUCCUGAAGGGAGCGUUCAGCACCAGCGGGGGAGCCAACAGCCAACAGGAUGUGAGUGAGUUUACACACAAACUACUGGAGUGGUUGGAAGAUGCCUUCAAAUCGGACUGCUCACGUCCCCCAUCACCUCAAGCCGGUGAGGAAGAGGGAGUGGAAACGCCACGGAGGAACCCGAUGUUAGAUCUGUUCUAUGGUCAGUUCAAAGCAGAGGGAAUCAACGAAGGCAAAGUUUUUAUGAAUCAAGAGACGUUUGGCCAGUACCCAUUGCAGAUCAGUGGGUAUGAAGACCUGCAUGAGAGCAUCGAGGCAUCCAUGUCACAUCGGGAGAUUGAGACGGUACAACACGCCAAAGAGAAAUCAGCGCAGGAGCAUUGGUUUACAAGGCUGCCCCACGUGCUAACAUUUGAGCUGUCGCGGUUCCAUUUCAACCAAGUAAUAGGAAGGCCGGAGAAGAUUCACAAUCGCUUUACCUUCCCACAGACUCUCUACAUGGACAGGUACAUGGAAUGCAAUCAGGCUGUGACUCGUGUCAAACGGGCCGAGGUGCAUCAGAUCGUGCUACAGCUAGAUGUGCUGCAGGGCAGGUUGGAAAGGUAUCUGAACUACGGCUCAGGACCCAAGCGUUUCCCCCUGCAAGACGUGCUGCAGUACGCCCUGGAGUUUGCCCACAGUACGUCCCCGGAGAAUAGUCCCCCGCGCCGAGCCGUGCCGCUGUCGUUAAAUAACUCCAAUAUACAGGACGUGGAGAUGGCAUCCCCGCCGCGGUCGCUGACUGGUAGUCCGCAUUCCUCAGGUUUCAGUCCAGACCGGAAGCCCCAUACCUCAGCUCCGGUGCAAGACGUGGCCAUGUCGUCCCCAUCGUCUGUUCCCCACUCCCCCUCCACCUCCACGCUACCCACAGCAAACCCCUCACCAAAGCACAUCACGGACACGGAGCUGGACAUUCUGCAGGGCUGCCUGCGACGCUGGAGAACAGAGGUCGUGUCGGAUGUCAAAGAUUUACAGGACAAAGUCACAACCCUACAAAACCUCAAAGAUAACGUCUAUCAAGAUGAACACCUCAGAAAUCAUGAGUACCAGCUGCACGCCGUCUUGGUCCACGAGGGGCAGGCCUCGGCAGGCCACUACUGGGCCUAUGUCCUGGACCACCAACGCAACGUCUGGCUCAAGUUCAACGACAUCUCGGUCACGGAGGUCGCAUGGGGGGACCUGGAGCGGGAAUCAGUCGGUGGGUCCGGUAACACCAGCGCGUACUGCCUGAUGUACGUCGAUGCCAAAAGGCGCGACCUGUUUGAAGAGCAAGAAGACGACGAGACGGGACACAGCAGCCUCAGUCUGGACCCCCUGGCCGACGACCUGAAACAACUGGUGACUGAUGACAAUACGCGCUUCGAGCUUGAGAUCAGACAGUGGGACGAGGCGAAAGAAAAGAGAAAAACCAGCCGAGUUGCCAAUGCUGCCACCUCCACCAAUGAGGACAAGGUGGUGUACCUGGGAGAGAGUAAAGCACUCGCAUCAGGAGUCAAGAAGAACACGCCCCAGCCUCGGCCCGCAUCCCCUGCCACCGUCUACCCUGCUGAGCGUCCGUUGUCGGCUGCUGUACCAGACGUGUCUGUCCCCGCACGCGGCCCCAGCUCCUAUGUUGCUCCAUCAUCUGUGGCGUCACCAUCGGCUGCAUCGCUGUCGUUGGAGAGCAUCAGCUCGGAGCAUGACGCCGAGGCAGCGCUGGAUCAGGUAUGUUCAGAAGAGGUGCAGCGAUAUCGCGCACUGCUGGCCAAUGAGCAGUGCCAAUUGAGGGACGUGCGUCUGGAGAGCCCUGUGGCGUACUAUCUGACGAACAGCGCCCCCAGGGUCCUUAUACGACGAGCCGUCCUGGAGCAGUUUGCUGCCGAAAAAGGGACAAACGUGGACGUGCGAUCACAGGCGUUAAGGGGAAUAGCUCAGCGCAAGUUGGACAGUCAAGCCAGGUCACAGCAGGAGCAGGAUAUAUACAGUUUAUGGCAGGAAGACUACAGCGUGUUCUGCAAGGCCAACACGUACUUCAUUCAGGGAAUUCAGUCGUACUUCCAGCAGGAGCAAUAUGGGUAUCAGGAGGCGUUGCCACACUUUGUCCACGCCUGCAACAUGAACGACAAGUUUAUCGACGAGAAAGCAGGGAAGGCCAUGGACUUCAACAUGCUGGCUCACUUUAGGAGGCAGUGCUUACUGCAACUUAAUGCCCAGUGCACCAACCAGUUUGAAUCCGCCGAAGUCUCGGAGGCUCUGCAGAGUCUGGAGAUCAUGAACAAUCUGGUGGUACCGUGCACCGGGAUUCUAACCAGCUCCUCCACCGAGGAAGACGGGGCUGCCGCAGAGGAGAUCCGAGGAGGAUGGUGUAAUUACCUGAGCCGGGAAGUCAGCAGCGAUCUGCACGAGAAAUUCCAGGACUUUCUAUCGAAGCUCCUGGACAUGUCAUCCGAGCCGACAAGCAUCAGAGCCCCGCCCCUUGUCCACACUCAGAAGAAGGAGAACCUGAGUCAGAUGUUUACUGUCGCCAUGGGCAUGAUUAUUAGCAAUGAUCAGCUGUCGGACACAAGAUGAUCAGCUGACAGACACCUGAUGAUCAGCUGACAGCCAUGUGAUGAUCAGCUAAAGGACAUGUGACGAUCAGCUGAAAGAGACGUGUUGAUAAGCUAGUAUGGACAGGUGAUGAUCAGAUCAGCUGAUGGACACUUGAUGAUCAGCUGAUGGGAAUGUGAUUAUCAGCUGAUGGACAUGUGAUGAUCAGCUGACGAACAUGUGAUUGUUGGCAAGCAAACAGAUGGUAAUCAGCUGACAGCCAGGUGAUGAUCUGCUCAUCAUGACCUAAAGUUAGACAAACCUGUGGUUCAGCAAAUCAGGAAAUCAACCCAAGAAAAGGACCAUAAUUUACAGUAGCAUCGUGCUCAGUAAACCUCGAACCCUAAGGCUAGUAGUAUGAUCUGUUGUCAAAGGAGUGAUGAUUUGAUCAGUAUGGGCUGAAUCUAGGGGGAAAAACAUGAUGUGGUCGAAUAACCUGUAGAAUUUACCAUGUACCAAAACCAGCAUCUUACUUGUAACUCUGUUACCCCAAAACUGUGACCUGCAAAACUGAUCAGCUGGCAAACAUGUGAUGAUCAGCUGGCAAACAUGUGAUGAUCUGCUGACAAGCAUGUGAUCGUCUGCUUAUCGUGGGCUUAUGAUUAGACGUGAACAUUACGGUCCAGUGAAACACCCAGCAUUGCAUAGUGGAUACGUCAAUCAUUCACAACAGUGCCUUGUUGACAUAGUUCAGUUGUCGUAGCUAUAUGUGACCCGUCACCACAAAGUGAGCCAAAAGUCAAAGUUUUUAAGAAUUGAGAUAUUUACAUCUCUGUAUUCUGCAGAACAAGAGUUUUCCCAGUGUGAUGUAACUUUAAGGGGCACUGAGUUCGGUAAUGGAGACAGUAAACUUACUUGAAGUUGUAAAACUGAUUCUUGAGAAAAUGGCAUUUAAAAUCCUGCAGUUGUGUUACAGUGAAUAAAAACAAA